CCGGAGUCUUUCAUUUGUGAGCUAGCGAUUGUGAUGUGAUACUUUGGAACCCGAGGGAGAAUGAGGAUCUACUUGGUGCUGGGGUUGAUGCUGUGCGCUGUGACGGCACUGGAUGCUGCCCUCGAUAAGGUGGUGUGUUACUACGACAGUUCUGCCACAUAUCGUAUAAAUAACGGAAAAUUUGACACUGAAGACAUCAAUCCGAGUCUGUGUACCCACAUCAUAUAUGCUUUCGUGGGAUUGGAUCCGCUGAAAGACAGUGAUAUGAACGUAACGCGUUUCACGAACCUCAAAAUCCGGAAUCCAAAAGUCAAACUGAUGCUCGCCGUUGGCGGAUGGAACGCGGAAUCGGAAUUUCUUUCAAGCAUGGCAAGCACUAUUUCAUCGCGGACGACGUUCAUCACAUUGGUUGUUAAUUUUCUGACAACCCACGGUCUUAACGGGCUCGACAUCUACUGGGAGUAUCCGACGAUGCGCGGCGGGGAAGUCGAUGAUCGAGUGAAUUUUGUGAAGUUGCUGUCAGAAAUCAAAAGCCGCUUCAGCAGCAAUGGGCUGCUGUUAUCAAUAGCAGUAGGUGCAACCAGGGACUUCCAUCGCGCGUCAUAUAAUGUGCCCGAAAUCAACAAAUACGUGGACUUCGUGAACCUUAGAUCCUAUGACCUGCAUGGGCACUGGGAUGCACACACUGGACACAAUGCACCGCUCUAUGGAGCCUCCUGGGAGAACGAUUACACGACCAGCAUGUACAAUGUGGACGCCUGCGUCAGAGGCUGGUUGAGCAGCGGCUUAACAUCCAGUAAACUAGUGGUCGGUAUCCCAAUCUACGGUCGCACCUUCACCCUUGCAUCGAACUCGGCCAACGCUGUAGAUUCUCGGACCUUACGUUAUGGUGAUCCAGGUAUUUAUACACAGAAAGAUGGUAUGCUGUCGUAUUUGGAAGUAUGCGAGAGACUGAAGACCGGUUACACGAAGGUGUGGGACAAUAUGCAGAAGGUUCCCUACGCGUUCAAGGGAAAUCAAUGGAUAUCGUUUGAUGACACAACUUCGGUAUCGUUGAAGGUUGACUACGCUAGAUACAGAAACCUAGGCGGAGUAAUGCUGUGGUCUAUCGAUUAUGACGAUGAUAGAAACGUAUGCGGCGGUGGUACAUAUCCUAUCACCAGAGCAGCUUACACGGCGGUGUUUGGAUCGUCGGGUACCACGCUUCCUUCUGCUACCCCGACGGCAACCACUCCAAAAACAACGGCAACUACUUCAAAAACAACGACCACCACCGCAAAACCAACGACAACCACCUCCAAAGCCACGACAACCACUCCCAAAACCACAACAACAACUCCUCGAACCACGUCAACCACCGCAAAAACAACGACCACUACCAAGCCUACGACGACUACCCCACGACCAGUAACAACGACCCCAGCUGGAGGUUCGAUGAUGUGUCCAUCCACUGGAUUCAAACGAGAUCCCAACGAUUGCAGCGCGUUCUAUCAAUGCACUCCUGGAUGGCAGGUGAAUCUGACCUGGCGUAUAACUUGCCAGUCAGGUCUAUACUUCGAUGAAACCACCAACACCUGCAACUGGUCUUUCUUGGUUAAAUGCUGAAACUAGUUAUUAGGAAUAAUAUAGCUCUAAUGAAUUAGUUCAAACAAGUGCUAACGCUCCGCCCUUAGUCAAUAAAUAAAAUUACAAUAAUUUAG